GCACGGAUGGAGAGCUGAGGCGGUGAGCCCCGCCGGGACGGGCCGGGCCGGCGCCGGGAGACGUGACCAUGUGGAUACAACGGCUCCCGGGAAGCAGGUCAGGUUGCCCGCUAGGAAGCCAUGCUUGGAUGUUGAUAGCCAUGUUCCACCUCGCCAUGGACCUUGCCAGCUGCGAGCCCGCCGGGACGCGUCUCUCUCCACGGUCGGCACAGCGGCACAGACUGCCCCGUGGUGUGCUGUGGAGCACAGGGGGCAGCGAGGAGCCCCGCCGCCCCAGCCCCCCCUGGCCCUGUGCCCCCCGUGCCCGCCGCCCACCCCCCGUCCCCCUGCCCCGCGCCCGGCGACAGCUGCGAGGCCGUGGCUUUGCUCCACGUGAUGGGCGGCCCACAGCUCUGCCCGAGGUCAUCGUCUGGGGCCCCACGGGUGAGGAGGACUCCCUGGAGAGCAGCACGCUGCCCAGCAUCUUCACCACCGCCGCCACCACCACCGUCACCACCACCGCCGCUGCCACCACCGCCGCCACCACCGUUGCCACCGUGCCAACCCCCAGCAGCCCAGCUCCCACGCCUGGCAUCGAGGAGCCCCGUGGCCGUGCCAGCACCUCUGAGCCAGCUGCCGGCCACAGCAGUGGUGGAAAGGACGCGCGUCCACCCCGUGGCCUGGGGGACACAGCAGGUCUGGCAGUCCAUCAGAUCAUCACUAUUACCGUGUCCCUCAUCAUGGUCAUAGCUGCUCUGAUAACAACUCUUGUCUUAAAAAACUGCUGUGCGCAAAGCGGGGCCGCGCGGCGCAACGGCCACCAACGCAAAAUCACACAGCAGGAGGAGAGCUGCCAGAACCUGACCGACUUCACCCCCGCCCGCGUGCCCAGCAGCCUGGACAUCUUCACAGCCUACAACGAAACGCUGCAGUGCUCCCAUGAGUGUGUCAGGACGCCGGUGCCAGUGUACACGGAGGAGGCAUUGCACUCGCCUGGAGAUUACAAAGCAACCUUCAAUGGAAACAGACCCUCUUCUUCUGAUCGGCAUCUUAUUCCUGUGGCCUUUGUGUCUGAGAAAUGGUUUGAAAUCUCCUGCUGACUGGCCGAAGCCUGUUUUACUUCCUGGGCAGGGCAGACGCCGUCUGGCUGUUUCCUGGAUUCCAUUGGUGAACCUGUAAAAAAAAAAUUAAAAAUAAUGGGUUACCUGUCCCUACCAUUUCUGUUUACCAGUAGGAGACUCAAAGAGCAGCGUUCUAUGGGCCAAAUAUAUUUUUAUAAAAAUGAACACGCCUGUAGGUAACUGCGUUUUUCCAAGAGUGCGUUUUUUGGGUUUUUUUUUGGAGAAGAGAAAAGCGUGCGAGCAAAGAAUCCCACGAAGGAAGAGGAAACCGAGGAGAGCUGGAAGGAGCAGGACUGAGCAGCUGGACCUUGGGAUACGGACUACGAUUCUGAACCUGUGCCAAUAAUACCAUUAUGUGCCAUGUACUGAUGCAAAAGACUUCGUGAGAAGCAGAAGCUAAGUCAGUAACACGCAGAAAUGCUACCGAGGACAGGGGAGGGGGCGUCUCUUCCGAUGGGGUCAUUGAUUCCGGUCCACAUGCAUACAUACAUAUGAUAUAUAUACAGAGAAAAUAUAUACACACACAGAACACUUUUUUUGUACUGUAGCAAUUUUUGAAGAUCUUAAAUACUCAUUUUUAAAGAAAACGUCACGGGCUAAAAGUCUGAUUUCUUUAACAUGCAUAAUAUGACCUAGUUAAAGCGAUGUUUUCUACUCGGGCAGCUUGCCUUUCCAACCUAGAUGUGUAUAUAUAGAUAGACAUAUACAUAUAUAUAUGUGUGUGUGUAUGUAUAAGCAUAUAUAUGUAUGUAUACAUAUAUAGAUAGUUUUAUUUUCAUUCUGGAGAUGCGUUUCCAGCGGUGGGGGCCUGGCAGGGCCGCGCUGGCAGUGGGUGCUCGCGCCGUGCAGCCGCGAUGCGAUGGGCUUGGAGAGCUUUGAAAGCGGGUCUGGAGCAAGAGCAGAUUGGAAAAGGGGUUUUCCAGCUGUUUGCAGCCUGAGCAUCGUGGGGAUGGCACCGCAGGGGACAAAGUCAGGGUGCAGAGGGGUCUGCUGGCGUCCCAUCAUGAGAUGCUUUCUGCUGUGCUGCUUCAGAGCGCAAAGGGCAGCGGAGUUCAGACCAAAGUCCUCCGGUUCUUUUUGUAACUCACCCCUUCCGAGUGUAUGAACGUUUUUUUAGAGUUAUCCAGAUAUGCAUUCUGAUCAUCUGCUCAACCCUCAGCUCCAUUUCUUUAUUCUCUGUGUGUCGUUCCAAGAAAAGGCAACUCGGCCCUUCUGGCGCUGCGCAUCACCCUGCACGCAGCCGCUUCGUUCCAUAGCAUUCUCUGUCCUUUUCUGAUGGGAUUUUGUAUCCUGGAGAGUUUUCCCCCACCUUAUGGAAGCUGCCCCAAGUAGAAGUCUUCCGUGCCAGAGGUGGAUGUGAACUGAACAUCCCUGGGGGGCACUGGCAGCGUUCCCUGUGGCUCUGGGGCAGCUGAGCAGCCUGCAGAGCUGGACGCAGGGUUAUGUUGGGUCUGGAGGGUUUUGUUCCAUGGCAGAGCCGGUUCCUUUUGCAGCAGGGUCUCUGCAGGGCUCCCUGCCCCUUUGUGUGUUGCUGAUGCGAGCGGUGCAGCCCCUGCCAAUGAUCCUCGCUAUCGCAUCGCUUCAGUUUUCCUUCUUUGUCUCACUUCUCUGGCCCCGAUCCGCUCCAGCUCUGCCAUCGUGUUGUGCUUUACCCAUCGAUCUUUCUAUUUAUUUGUAUCUACUGGCUGCACCAAGUCCUUCCCGUGGGUAUUCAGUGUAAUCUUGAUAGCAGUUUGACAUCAUGAGAUAUAUCUGAGUCCCUCGUUCCUGGCACCGGGAGCAUCGUGGUGAGCUCCUUCCCUUAGGGAGCCACUGCUUGGAGCUCGGUCCGGUGGAGCCACAGGGAAGGGGAUGUGUCUGCAUGUCUGUAUGUCAGGGAGCACAGUCAGACAGCUCCAACCCCAGGCAGGGCUCCAUUGCCAUGAGCUUCCCCCACUCUGCAGAAGGACAUGGCCCGGCCACCCUGAGGCUGCUCAGCGCUGAGCCAGGAGACAAACGUAGAUGCACAAUCUUCCCUUAUUUAUAAGGACCAACAGCACUUGCACUUUAUCAGAGAAAUCCUCACAUCCCUAUGCAUGCCAAGCACACCAAGAAAAGGAACAACUGCCAGCAGGAAGGAAAGGAAGGGAGGGAGGAGCAGAGCUGUGAAUGUGGUGGUUUACCAGGCAGGACUCAGCAUCCUGGUGCAAUUUUGUAGUAAAUAGAAAUGAAACUAUGUUUCUUUCGUUCCUUACUAUUGAUGAGAACCAAAAAAAAACACCAAAAAAACAUGACAUGAAAACCUGGAGCUGUAUGUUCCCAGGGAGGUGGUGGAGUCUCCAUCCCUGGAGAUGCUCAAGAAGUACAGAGAUGUGGCACUUGGGGACAUGGUUUAGUGGGCAUGGUAGAGGUGGGUUGGGGUUGGAUUUGAGGAUCUUAGAGGUCUGUUCCAACCUGAAUGAUUCUUUGGUUGCAUGAUUCCGUGUUAGUGGAGUAGACCUGUUGGGGAAACUUAUUGCAUGGGGGAAGAGCAAGAAGUGCAGUGUUUGCAGGCACGUUCUGAUGAGCUGUGCCACGCCGUGGCCGCCCCAUCCCACUGCUAUCUGCUGCAGCAACAGAUGACUGCUCUGCAUGGAUGCCUUCAGCCCUUUGCAGACAGCAGCUCUGCCCCGAGCUGGUGGUCAUUGCUCCAAGUUCCACUGAUGUGAGCCAGCCCAAAACUCAUUCGUAAUAACGGGGAGGCUCUGCAGAUGCUGCUGCUGCCGCCGGGUGCUCAGAUGUGCUGGAACUGCUUGCCCGAGCAGCCAGGGCUGGCUGCAUUGCAAGGACAUGUGCACAUUUGGAGAAUUAGGCCUUGAGAAAGGAUUUUUCUUUUGUCAUUCAGCAGCUGAGCCUGCUUUCCAGCCAAACAGCAGUGGGAAGCACUGCGCCUUUCCAUGGAGCGCCGGGGCCGCGCCGUGCCGUGCUGUCGGGUUGUGCUUGGUGCAAGUGAACCGGCAGCUCGGAGGAAGAGCUGGGAUGUUUGCUCUGCCAUAAGCUUCCAGCCAACUUCUUUUCAUUUCACUUUAUGGGUUUCUUACUCCUUUAGUGGUUCUCAAGAAAUAUAACCCAGCUGCCAGAUCCCCAGAUGCGUAGCACUGCGUUUGUGUUUCGCUGUGGCUCUGCCCCGUUGCAGGGAAUGGGAACAAGGCCCUUCCCCGUGCCCCCAUGGGGGCUGGGGGGCCAGGUGCCCAGGUGGCUGCCCAUAUCUCAACACCCAGUUGUUUACCUUCAUUCUGUCUUCCCAGCGAGAGAAAUGGGCAUCCCACUGCGGGUUUCAUGGGAGCACCGCUGGGAAGGAGGCUCCCACAGCAUUCUUGUGACUCAAUUCAUUUCCAGUGUGGGUAGGAAUGUGGAGCAGUGACAGCGAAACAGGCGUAGCGAUGACGAGAGCGCUGCAGAGAUGGAUUUCAGGUUACCUCUUCUCCAUUGGCAGCUUGUUACAAAGGAAAGGUAAUUCAGCUAAAACGGUAGUUAAAUAGUAGAUAUUCUACACAUAUUAUAUAUUUUGUAAAAAAAAUAAAAUAGAAUAAAAAUAUAUAUGUAAUAACUCAGCCCACCCAUUCCAGGAUGACUGCGGUUGGAAUUUUUUCAUUCAACCAGCUAUAAAAUCUGUACGUGAGUUUUUCAAAACCAGCAAGAAAUCCCUUCUCCAUCUCAGACAUCUGUGGGUCCGCUUCGGUCUGCAGGUCUCACCCAACGCUUCUCACCCAUUUUUAAGAAUUAUUCUCAGCAUUUCUAGGGUACAUUUUUAAACAGCGUCGUGAGUGGAGAUAUUUACUAUGAGAAAAAGUAUACGUUGCACAAAAAUGUACACUAAGGGCACAGAUUUCUGACCCAGAUUCCUCUAUUUUAGGUUCCGAGGGGUUUAUUUUAUUUUAUUUUUUUGUGUUUGAUAGGACAUGUACAGCGGAGUUUACAGUUUAUUUUUAUUUUGCCAAAAAAAGAAAAACAACAAAAAAAAAAACAUUUUCUAACAUGAGACAGCUUUUACUUUGUAACCGGUUUUACAUCACUGAAUAUUUCUUUUUUUUUUUUAUUUCCUGGGAAAAUUCUGUAACGUCAGGCGUCGAUGCGCGGCGGUGCAUCCAUGGGGACACGGCCUGGGGCACGCAGCCCAGCCCUGCUGAUGUGUACAGAGGCUGCGGCUGAUGGACGGACAGAUGGACAGGCAGGCAGACAGACAGAUGGACCGGCGGACAGACAGGCAGACAAACGGACAGAUAGGCGGACAGAUG